ACGUACCCAUAUUCAAUGUUAAUAGAAUGUCCCCCUUCUACAUGUUUCUUGCUCACAUUUAUCCUUGCGCGCAUUUCCUUAUCUCAGUCGUGGUAUGGUUGUAGUCCCGUUUACCACGAGCACCUACCGUAUCCCGAGUUAUAAAGAACCUGUUAACUUUCGUCAGUUCUUACGCGUUUUGACGAGGAAAAUUCUGUGAUAACUAUUCCUUGCGCGGUGAAAAAAAGAACUAGUUGACAGAAAAGUUGAGUAAUUAACCGGUUUACCUGCAACGGCGAUCGAAUAUCGCAACAUUGAUCGGAAACUGUGAAUUUUUAUUUGUUCAUUUGCAAGUGAAGAAAUUAGAUAAAUUGAAAAAUAUUUCCCACUGUGCUUAGAAACGUCAGUAAGAUGACGCGACGAAACAAAGACUACCUUGAAGAUAUGUUAAACAUGUCGGAUCUCCCAGACACUAAUGACUGCCAAAGCGAAAUCCCUGAAUUCUUUGCGGGAUGCAACGUCUUAAUAACCGGUGGAUCCGGUUUUCUCGGCCUUCUUUUAAUAGAGAAGUUGUUACGAUGUUGUCCGGAUAUAGGAAAGCUGUACGUAUUCAUGAGAGCGAAAAAAGAAAAAUCACCUGAACAAAGGAUCAAAGAGCAUUUUGAUAACCCUGUUAGUAUAUAA